AUGUACUUGAAAUCGGGUGCUGGGGAACUUUUAGCUAUUGAAGCAGUGAAAAGAACCGGAUGUCAAUACACUGGAAUUACCCUAUCUGAAAAGCAACUGGAAUUUGCACAAUGCAAAGUUAAGGAAGCUGGUCUCCAGCCAUUGCGACUCGGCGUUGGCAGAGAAUGGGGUUAUUGUCCUACAAUUCUCAUCAAUACCAGAUCAGAAGUACGAAGAAUACAGAAGAAGCCCAAGUUUCAUUAG